GGAGGGCACGGUGGGCCUGUCCCGUCAUGGCGCACAAACAGAUCUACUACUCGGACAAGUACGACGAUGAGGAGUUUGAGUACCGGCACGUGAUGCUGCCCAAGGACAUUGCCAAGCUGGUGCCCAAGACCCACCUGCUGUCGGAGUCGGAGUGGCGGAACCUGGGCGUGCAGCAGAGCCAGGGCUGGGUGCACUACAUGAUCCACGAACCAGAGCCCCACAUCCUGCUCUUCCGACGGCCAUUGCCCAAGAAGCCAGAAAAGUGAGUGGCCCCUGGUCUGCCGAAGCUCUCAGUCCUUCCACUCUGAAAAAACACCUUUCUCCUCCUUCUUCUCGGCAUUUCUCGGGGGCUUCACCCCCUGACCCUCGACGCUGCCUGAGCGUCGUUUUGUCGGCUCGGCCCUGGUUCCGUGGGUCCUUCUCGUUGCGAUGCCUCCAAAGCUUCAAUAAA